GACUCGUUCGCGACGACGUCUGUGGUAUGCUACAAGCUAGUGGCCAACGAAAGACACGCUGCUUUAGACAAUCACCAUGAAGGCGAUCAAGAACAUCGGGGUUGAAUUCCACGUGGAUGCGGCCAGUCCGAAUCUGAGAAGUUUGACAUUCACAUUUCGCCGUACAUGAACCAUAGAACGUCGACAUGAGAGCUGUACGCGGGAUACACGUUGUCCCAUUCACGCAAUUCACGCAACCUGUUCCGCUCUGUCUGCCCCCAGGCCCAUGUCACAUUCAUCGCUCAACUUGAGGUCAUGUUGUUUCUGGCAGUAUCCAAAUGCCGGCGACGCGAGAUGAAGGCGGACCUGAACCCCAGAACCACUUCGAUUCUCAAUGGUAUGGUGCAUCUUGAUCGGUCCCGGGCCUUCCAUGUUUUCAAUUUUGUCGAAGAUCUGGAGCAUCCUCGCAAUGACAUACAUGGCUUCCGUCCGUGCGAAUUGUUCUGCAACAUGUCAGUGAUGACGAUCCGGCGCAUCCGGCGGGUGAACUUACGCCCCAGGCAUUGACGCGUACCUCCGCCAAAUGGUAUGAAAUCCCACCCAAACUUGCGACCUUGCCAUCUUUCAGGCUUGAAUUCCUCGACGUCCGGACCCCAGAUGUCCUCACGGUGUUGCAUCGAGUAAGUCGGAAUGAGAACUUGAGUGCCCUUCGGCACGAAUACAGGGCUCUGUCCAUCGAAGCCACCACCACGAGGCAAUGUUGUGUCACGCACAGCGGCCCGCUCGUUCAUGGGCACAAUGCCCACAAAGCGGAUCGUCUCAUUGAGAACAUAUUGCAAGUAAUGGCAAGCUCGAAAGUCGGUGUCUGUAAUCUCCGACGUCGGGCUAUCCGUGAAGUUGUCCAAGAUUUCUCUUCGCAGUCUCGCGAAUACUUCUGGAUACCGGGCAAGGAAAUAGAAGGACCAGCCGAGCAGAGAUGCAGUUGUGUCUCUGGAAGCAUGCAACACGUUCAGGAGUUCGCAGCGCAGCUCCACCGGAUCAGUGCAUUCUUUCGCCAGCUCGUCAAGGAGAACGAAUCUGGGUUUCCCGCUGGGAGUUUCGACAACUUUCUCGUCAUCCAAGCAGGAAUCCAGCUUCUGCUUCACAAAGUAGUCAAUGACAGUCUGGACGGCUUUGCAGUGCUCCGGGAAAGACUUGUCUCGGACCAACCAUCCGUACUUGGCCAUUGCUCCUCGUCGGUCGAUGAUACGUUUGGCUUCAUCAAGGUGAUGGCCAAAGCUGGCCAAAUCAGGCGCACCAAAGUCCCAUCUCAAAGGAUUCUUUGCAGGAUUCUGCACAUGAACUGACUGACCCACAAGGAAUUCAGUGGCCGUGUCCAGGGUGAAAUUGAAGAACAUGGGCGACAGAUCGACCUUGCAGGUCCAGCUGUCCUCCGACAUGGGGAUUUUGGCCAACAAAUCUUCAAGAUGUCUCUGGAAGAGAUCCACAUCUGCGACGUUAUCUCUGGCGAACUGCGGCCUGAUCAUGCUGCGAGAGUGCUUCCAUUUCUCCUGUCGAUUGGUCAUCACGCCUGAACCGAGCAGUGACUUGAAGCACUUCUCACGGUGUAGGCCAAUGUCGAAGUCUUGAGACUGAACUGCGAACAUGGCCUUGACAUUCUCAGGAUCCCUGGUGAUGAUCAAGUCAUAGUCAAAAAUGGAGGCUUUGAUAGUAUGGACAUUCUUGCCAAUCGAGUUCAGGGUUUCAUGCAUCCAGACUGGUCCCCGUUCCUCACGAGUGGCUCGGAGGCUCUCCUUCAACGUUCUAAUGCCUAAGAAUCCCUUCCGGGGUGCAAGUGGAGGUACCCGACAUCCAAGUGUUGCUGCCUGGCGGGCAUGGUGUCUUCGCAAGCGAAAGACCGACACAACCUUGUAGCAAAUCAAGGCUAUAAGGAUAAGGUACCCUGCUGUAAACAACAUCUCGCUUCGAGAACAAGUCUUGUGAAGGUCAGGCGAACGAAUUUUGACCAGUUUCUGAACACUUCAACUGAAUAGAGGACUUUGAUCUUUCUUACGAACUAUAUCUUCAGCUUCAAAAGAGGCUACGGCUUUUGCUCAACCCAACCAAGCAGCUCUUCAAAGAAUAACAGCCACACUCGGUGUUGUCUCAGUGCACCGUUCCUCUCAGCUGGCUUGGCGUGCCCUCCAUCAUCAAGCCUGCAGCAGAAAGUCCGAGAUGCUGUCACUGGCAAGCGAUGAUCUCCCACCGACGGAUCGUCCUCACGUAAUGGAAUGAGGAGCAGACCUGGAGAGCGCAAAGAUCUACAUGUCAUUGUUGAUUGCCCGGUGCGUGAGACAACAUUAAUCGACCUGAGCGAAAAAUGACAAGUCCGCGCGAACCACAUGCUUAGGAGGUUCUGGUCAGCGCGCUACAGCAGAAGUUUCUCGAUGCAGGCGGCAGAAAGUCCUCGAUCACUGCCUUAUCCGGUAAGCCAGGACGUGGCGGUUCCCAGUGCGACAGUGCCGAUGACAUGGACUGCAGCAAGACCACUAAGAGAGUUAUGGAGCUGCCACCUUUUUUGGAGCCUUCCAACCCGCCUCGAUGUGUGGACCAUAAGCUGAAACAGGUAUCGGGGUUCUCAGCCUCACGAAACGGCUAUAGCAGGACUGGGCGCCAACAAACAUUUCCAAUGCACGUCCGGAGUACAGGGGUCUGAUGCGCUGCACAACAGGGCAUUUCCAGGUAGACCAAACCGUUGUUGGGAUGCACAGAUUCAGGCAUUCUUACAUGAUUUUCAUCGAGAAUGGUUGGCCGACAAGCCUGCGUGCCGUGUCGUGGCGCGCUGAUCUGCAGGAACGUAUUGCCGAAGUCCGUGGCUCUCACGACCCUGUUAACUGACUUCUUUUAUGCGGACUCGUCCAAUGAAGCAUGUUCACGUACAACAAGUGGAGAGUGGUAUCAGUGAUUUUAUCUGGUUUGAAAUGACGGUAUCAUUGACCGGGAAGCCACCAACACUUCGCUCGCCAAAUGAUGGACCCGCACUGGAAAGCUUGUCUUCAGGAGCUGGCUGAAAGCCUUGCACACCCUUGUCCAAUGUCCAAUGUCCAUUGUACGAGUUCCAUUUCCGCACCAAUGUGAUCUACACACAACCUGCAGCCGUAUGCAAGCCACUCCAGCGAAGUUCCCACUUCGGCAGCUAUCUACUCAACAAAAAACUGUAUCGGGAGAUGCCAACUCAAUGCGGUAUUUGGUUUUGAGGUCCACAUGUCAAGAAACCUUCGGUCGGGUACACGCCAGAGUGGAAUUGCAUAUGCGGCUUUGAACUUUGAACGAACAGGUAGUGCCCCGAUACACUGGCACUGGGACUACCGCGUCUCUGCUUCUCACUUGUUCAUUUGUCAACAACUCCGAAGCUCUGCAUCGUGAGAUCAUAGCAUUAUUACUACCAAACCCGAACUUCUGGCCUAACUAGACGGAACCCGCUGAACCCGUUGUUUCCAAUCCAGCAUUCUGAUCGGUCGUCCUCCUUGCUCACUCAAUCAGUCCUACGCCUGUUGCUUGAGUGGAGAGACUUUCAAGCUGACGCCAUCUCGGGGUCUCAAGACCAAUCGCCACAUUUUCAGCUCCUCUGGGUCUUGCACCGAGAGAUCUGGUUCAAAAGUGAACUUGCUGAGCAAAGAGCACAAGAUGGUCUUCAUCUCAACCUCGGCAAAUUUGCGGCCAACGCAGCCUCUCGGACCUGUAGCAAUACGAUCAGCGUCAUUCAUCUCAACAACUCCACACUUUCACUGACCUUGCAAGAACGUCAUAAAGGCGUUUGUCGUGUACGUGUCUGGAAGAUUGCGCCAUCGAGAGGGGUCAAACUUGUUCGCUGUCUCCCCCCAGUACAUGGGCAAACGAUUGAUAGUAUUGGCCAUCAGAUAGACAGUGGUUCCUGCUGGGAUGAAGUACCCUGCCAAUAUGUCAUCUGCGAUGGUUUUGCGCACCGUCAUUGGAAUUGAAGGAAUAUAGCGCAGGGACUCCUUGCAGACGUCUUCGAGGUACGGCAACAAGUCGACGUCGGCCGUUUCAAUGUUCUCUUCCACUUCCCGGGCCUCGGGAUCGAACAGGAAAGGCAUGCGGGAUCGGAUCUCCUCGCGCAGUUUGCUUUGAAUGUCGGGAUGUUUCGCAAGCAUGAGAAGUGUCCAUGCCACGGAAGUUGCGGUUGUGUCGUGUCUGUAAAACGAUCAGCCACUGCUCCUGGAGGAGACACGCAUAGCACUUGCCCUGCUCCAAGGAAAGUCAUGACUUGAUUGCGCAUUUCUUCCAGCGACAGGGUGUCCUCUUUGCUGGCAACCAUAUUGUCCUUGACGAUGAGUCCGAUGAUGUCCUUGUGACGAGCCUUUUCCUGGAUUUCCGGGUUCUUUUGCUUCUCUUGGAUGAUCUGCUGAGCACGGCUGAGGAUUAUAUUGCGAGCAAUCAAGAUGUCCCGAUUGGCGCGAGCCGGCAGGAGACGAAUGAGCGGCGUGAAAGCUGCGAGACCGUUGAUGAUUCGAGCUUGCAGGUCGAAAUCGAAACAGCGUCGGUAAGCAUCCCGCAAGGGCGUCCCAGGAUCAUCAAGGGAGUCAAUGUCGGUUCCCAGGCCGGCUUUCCCAAUGAUAUCCAACUGCCCAAGUUGUCAGAGAUCAGCCCAUUACAAUGUACCGAAAAGCAAACAGGGCUCAUGCCUAAGCGGGGCAACGUCUGGGCGUAGAAAACCUACGGUUGUUCUGUUCAGCCAUUCCAAUACCUCGAAACACUUGCUGUCGACCUUUUCCGUCUUCAUUUCGGUUUCCCAGAGCUUUGCCAUGUGCAAUGACUUCGCCCAGAAAACCGGCAUCAGUGAUCUGAUGGAGGUGAUCGAGAAAGCUGGCGUAAGUGCUUUCCGCUGCACAACAUGUGUCUGUCCUUCGGCAAGCAAGACGCCUGCUUGGGCUUCAGCAAAGGAAGCCGUCUUAAGUGGACACUUACCUUCGCCGAGAAUGGGCAUCAUCCACAACCUUGCGCGUUCAGGUUUUGGGUAGUUGUAUGGAUUUCUGACGGUCAUCUGCUUGAUAGCAUCGUCCUCUGCCACCGAAAGGCGUUCGCUGCCGAAAGGAAAGAAAUACCGCACAAUGGGUCCAUACUGUUCGUGCCAGUCACGGGCUGCAACACCGCACUCGGUAGUAAUGAUGGUGAAAAAUUGACCCCAGAGUGGAAAUCCAGGGACGGUAGGGAUAUGUCUCAACGGGGAGAUGUAGAAGGGGUAAAUCCAGCUGUAGUAGAGCGUGUACAAAACGGUCGCCGCAGGGACAAGUACGGCAAGUGCACUUGCGCUGCUGAAGGACUCGGAGUACUUUCCGAUCAACAGGGCUGCAGCAGUGACAGCUGCAACAAAAGGGAAGAAGGGAAUCUGGAUAGUCAUCUUGGAAAAUGCGUGCGGUAAGUGACAAGAGUAUUCAAGGUGAGUGUAUAAAGAGCCAGAAGCCGAAGUCUCUGUGGGAGGGAAUCUGACGCUUUUGACGGGAGAAAAGUGCACCGAGACAGGAGUGUAUUUUCGCGGUGAUGAGUCGAUUGAACAAGCUGAGUAUUGGCAGGGCUUGGACUCGACGGACUUGACGAGCAGCGUCCUGGUUCUGCUCAACAGCAUACUGACCUUGGAUACGGCCAAUGAGGAUGAGACGCAUGUGCUCUGCAGAUCUUUACUGACUCCAGGUCACGCUGAGACUAGCUGGGACAAAUGUCUCUGGCACCCAUCAGGACUAUGGUAUGUCAAACUUGAUGGCAUCAAUAGUAAGUUACUGACAUGCCCGGCUAUUCCGCCGCUGAUCAGGAACAAUGUCCGCUGUUAUGACGAAACAGGCCUCGAUGUACGUUCCACUUUCUGUUUCCGAUAUGGGUCCUACAUAGGCCAUAUCGACUGGGAUCCACAUCUGUCUGGUACUAUCACGUCCAUAACACAUUGUCGCUUUGACGACAGGUCAACCAGCUUCAUGCUUCAUGUUGGGACCUCUCGUUAGCUCCUGAGAUGAUCAGCAUCAACAACAUCUCUAUGCAGACAAUGACUUGGGCGAUCUUCAGUCAGCCAUACGGUCCUUGAACACUUUUCCUCAACAGAUCAUUUCCGGAGCUUCGGUAAGCAUGAUGGUCACAGUCCGAUCCCACAUCAGCUUUCUGCUCUGAUCCACCAUCUGAGCACACGGGUUGGUGGUUCGGGUUGGGCGGGCUUUACCAAUAGACACUUUUCUUCGGUGGAGCCAGAGCUGAGUAUCUCGGUGCUGUGAAGUGCUCAUAGCUUGGAGAAUCCGGAGCAGCUGCAUGGGUCUUCUCUGAGCCUCUGACGAUUGUCCGACGAGGUGGGUGAAAGUCUUCAAGAACACGCAUCGUCCCCCGCUGGAAACCACUUCUUCCUUUCCAUCUCUCCCAUGGUCUCUGUCCUUUCUCCUCUUUCCCAGGCAAACCCUUGAUCAAUCAUUGAAGACUUGCUGCCAGAGCCAGGCACUCCCAUCAUGGACUUCGUCAAUUCUACUUACCUCGCUGCUGCGAGCUUCCUUCCAUAUGCCACUUCCUUGCCCACCAAGGGUGAGAUCGCACUCAUUGCUCCAUCAGUCAUCAAGCUCGACCCAUGGACACUGUUUGAGGGUAUGUGGCGCACGGCCAAGGGCUACUCAACCGACGACUUUCGCUUCGUCCAAGGUCUGACCCCCUUGUCGACUUUCAAGGAGACGGCAGCAUUCAUCGCGACCUACUACCUGGUCAUUUUCGGUGGUCGCGAGUUGAUGCGCAAUCGGCCUGCCAUGAAGCUGAACACUCUGUUCAUCAUUCACAAUUUCUACCUCACUGCGAUCUCCGGGGGCUUGCUUCUUCUCUUCGCCCAACAACUCAUUCCAGCUUUGUGGAAGAACGGGCUGUACGACGGUAUCUGCGGAUCUACUGGCUGGUCACAAAAGCUACUUGUGCUCUAUUACCUCAAUUACCUGACCAAGUACCUGGAACUCCUCGACACCGUGUUCUUGGUCUUGAAGAAAAAACCUCUUACAUUCCUUCAUACCUACCACCACGGCGCGACUGCAUUGCUCUGCUACACCCAGCUGGUUGGCCAGACUUCCGUUUCCUGGGUACCCAUCACCCUCAACUUGGCGGUGCAUGUGGUCAUGUAUUGGUACUACUACCAGUCGGCUCGUGGAGUGAAAGUGUGGUGGAAACAAUACAUCACCAUGUUCCAGAUCACUCAGUUUGUCUUGGACCUCGGCUUCAUCUACUUCGCCUGCUACACUUAUUUCGCAGACACUUACGCCCCGUGGCUGCCUCAUCAAGGGAGUUGUGGUGAUCGGCGCCAGGAAGUUGCGGCGGUUACUGGCUGUGCAAUCCUCUCCUCGUAUCUGGUGCUUUUCGUCUUGUUCUAUUUCUCCACAUACAAGAAGCCAUCCACCAAGCGAGCUCUCAAGAAAGCCCAGAAAACGGAAGUACCAAGCAUUGCCGAAACCACUGAGAUGGCUACAGAUGUGUUGAAGUCGGCCACGACCGCCAUUGUGGAGACGGUCAACGAGGACAAAUGUAUCCGCGGCUAAGUAGCCCACGCAUAUGAUGUCAGCAAAUCUGGGAUUUUGGAGGGGGAGAUGAGUAUGCAAGGACUCCUCGAGAAACUGAAUGGUGGAGUGAAUUGAAACAUUUGUUUCGCACACGAUCAGCGGUCGAGGGAAGACAAUUGGCCAAUAAGGCAAGCAACGCCCAUAAUGUGUAGAUAGCGUAUGUAGCUCUUUCACCUCGACUAAAAAUACCAAGGGAUUCUGGCGC